AUGACACAUUACAACACCCGCAAAAAACGCAACUUAGAAAGUGCAGAGGAUGAAGCUCCAGUGACUGCAAUGAAGCCAAUAAAGCAAGAAAUACUGAUGUGGCAAAACAAGGCAGAAGUAUUACAAAAUAAAGUGAAUGAGUUGGAAGCCUUGAACACCGAGCUUCGGCAGCAAGUAGUGGAGCUUUCAGCACAGCAAAAUGACCUGAUUCCUAGUACAUCAGUGGUACGUGAAGAAACUGGUGCUGUUGACCUAUCUAGUGAUGGGAACACAUCAACUGAUGUAGAGUCAUCAGCCACAGAAGAUUCAUGUGAUGACUCUUCUGACUCUUCAAGUUCAAGUUCAGAAGAGACUCAUCAAAGAAGAAAAACAAAGAAAAGCAAAACCAAGAAAAACAAAACCAAGAAACAUAAGAAGAACAAGAAGAAGGGCAAGAAGAAUGAAUAUGACAAGAUAAAACGAGAUACUUAUUCUUCUAUGACGGCGUUUUAA